AAUCGGAAUUUGAUAGGUCUCUCAGAAUCAUGAUCGAGUUUUUUAUAACGAGAUUUUUUUUUUUUUUUUAUUUUUUUGAAACAAAUGUCACAAAUACGUCGUUCAGGUUUACAAACCGAAGUAAUAAAUUUUUAUCGAAUAUGUUGUAGAGCUGUACGAAAAAAACCUAUUGAAGCGCAAAAUAGAUUUCAACAAUUUGUAAGAUCACAAUUUCGUCAACAUACUAUAUCACCAAGAGAUCAUAAUAUGAUAGAAUAUAUGCUGAGAAAAGGUAAAAGACAAUUAGAAGUUUAUGAAAACGAUAGCGUUAAAGACAUUCAUUCGUAAGUGAAGAGUGUGUGUUUACAAACAGUUCAAAGAAGAAAAGUGUCAAAAUGUCAUAAUAAGAAAAAGAAAAAGAAAUGAUUUUUCUAAGAAAUUCCGGGUGCACUUACAAAUUAUUGCUAUUUACAUUUAAUUUUUAUUUUAAUUCUUUUAAUUCUUUAAUUUCCUUAAUUCUUAAUUCUUAAUUAUUAAUUCUUAUUAUUCUUAUUGUAAUCUGUAAAUAAAUUCAGCAAAUAAGCAUUAAACAAAAAA